ACUUUGAGCCGCUAGCCCGCGCGCACCGCUUGUUCGACGACCUGACCAUCAAACGGAAGGAGCCAGCUGUGGGCAGACGGUCGAAUGCUUCGACUGGUAGUGCAAGAACACGAACAGGAGCGGGGACCACAACCACCAGCAGCGCGACGGGCAGCAAGAACGGGGAUAAUUAUGAGACACAGCAUAUUAACGAGGGCCAGGACGUUAAUGACCUUCUUCUCUCCGAGCCGGUUGCUGGUUACUCCGUCGAACUCCGGCCCAAAUCUUCCGAGUACGAUAAACUUGCUAUCCAACGGAGAAAGUCACCAGGCCGGGUAUAUUUGUAUGCGUAAAAAUAAAUGAUAUUCAAAUAUCUAUUUCCAUGCAUAUCCUCGACAGCGCGCUACCGGCUCGCCCAUGACUACAGAUUUUUCUGUUAAUCUGUUUUUGCGUGACAAAGAUGCCCGGCGGGCUGUUUUUUUCUAUGGGAUACUUCUCACCGACAACGCGCUAGACAAUGCGUCAGGCCCGGUGUCGCCGGGGUCCGCGGACGUGCUGCUGACGAACAGACAGCUUUCCGCCUUGGUUUACCGGUUCGUGAACCACAUAAAAACCGCGAGGGGGGCGAGGAAAGAAGCGUUGUCAGAUUUCGAAAGAUUGCAGCUCUUCGUGAACAUGACCUCGAACUUCCCCCAGUACCGCGGCGCUCUGGCAGGGAUCGGCACGUUCGUAUGGUUGGAAGAUUCUCAAACGUUACACACUCAACUGCUGGCGCUACAUGGAUUUAUGUUGACGCAAGAAUAGGAAAAGUGAAGAAAGGGGGAGCUUGCGCCCCCUCUCGCGUUACAACUUUGGAACAGAUCAUCUUCAAUCGUUCUGCUGGGCCCUUCGACGAUUUGUCAUGCGAAGCAAUUCAAUCGUGGUUGUGUGUGCUGAUGAUGAUUCUGCAUGGAAAAUCGUGCAACAAUUGAGAAUGUAAAAACGGUUGAGAAUCAUGUCAUAGCUCGGGUUGGAAAAGUACACGGUGGACCAGUUUGUGGGGGCUGAUGCUGAUGGUGAGGGCAAAAAUGCUGCGGCUGUUUCUACCAUGGGCAUCGACGAGGACACUGAUGACGUCGAGCAGCUUAUGCAGAAGAUUCCCCAUUACGGUGUCCUUGCGCGCAGGAAAGCGUUGGACGGCAAAACCGACCACUCGGCGCGGCAGUUUCACCGCGAACAAACGUCUUCCCCCACCUCGAAGAGCUUGGUCUGGAUCGCCGGGGAGCAUAUUUCGGUCCCGUUUCUGAAUUCCCCGGAUGACUCGUUUCUCCGGAAAGUGUUGCUCCGGCUCCACAAGUUGAACAACGCGAGAAAGAUCAUGGCCAAGAACAACUGGACCAGAGAAUGGCUGCAGAACCGGAAACGACAGGAAGACGCGGAGUUGAAAUCAGCGCAGUUCGAUCACGAACAUUUGUUCGAAAAGCUGACGAACUCCGGUAGUAGAAGAACAUCACACCAGGGCACCAUAAAUCAUGAAGCCACUACUACUUCUCCCGCAGAUCAUGGUGGAAAGAUGAAACUGACGCCGACAGUGAAGCUUGUUCUACAGGAUGAACUUUCCACUGUGGAAAAGUCGCACGUAAAUGAGGAUGACGGGGGCUAUAUCCUAUGUACAAACAUGAUCCCCACACCAGAGUCAAGAUGGGAAAUCUGCUAGACAAAUCAGCCAGCUUUGGUUGUUUCGCAUGAUAAAUUUGGCCACGUAGUGCAAUCCUGUUUAGCUAGCUCCAGCAGCAUCACACAAAUUUAGCAUAUUGCCAUGCUGAUUCGAGCAUCACGAAGCCCGAAACACGACGGCGAAACGCUUCGCAUGGGGCUCCGCAUGAGAAACAUUCUUGGCAUGCAGAUUUGCAUGACAACUCUGGGGCGGGGAUGUUUUUACUCAGAAUAGGCUAUCACGCAGAGGACCGCAAGGACUCGGAUGAAGAAGACAACUCUUCAGUAUACAUUGCAAAAGUAUCGCACUAGUGAUAGUUGUGUAAACCGCAUGACAAAUUUCCUCAGCGUGAAAAGGAAAAUUUGUGUGGCUGAUUUACCUUAAGAAUAGGAUUUCGAUUUGUAUAUUAUGCAUGUCUGCUAGGAUUACUACUCGAUAUUACGAUUGCAAUGCAUAUUCAGAUGACCAGGAUGACGACUCGGACGAAGAGGCUGUGGCUUCGAAAAAGCGCGGUAGACGGAAGAGAAACAGGAGCAAAAGAAGCCGACGAAAGAACAGAAACAAGAAAAAGAAAGGUAGAAAUUCUUCUGCAUCGACGUCUUCAAUGGCGACCUCCACCGGGCGGUCCUCGGUGACCAACACAGCUCAUAUGGUCUUUGACCCCUUCGACAAAAACUAUGCAUUUUUGCAAAAGCCAUAUCUUGGUACUACUUGUAGUAAUUGCAGUCACGACGGCGUACGCGUACAUAUUAUUACGCACCAUCACAAAGUCCAUUUCAUCUCAACAUCAAGCUGAAGAUGAAAUUUGUAUAUGCAGAAUACUACAACUAGUGCGGGCAGGAUACAACUUUUGCGCAGGAUAAAAAUCAAUUGAAAACCAUUUUGGAAUUCCUUGCGUUCCGGGGGACAUUUUACCUCUUCUCGGUGAACCGCAACGUGCAGAGCAUUCUGGAAAUUCUGCACGCGGAGCCAGCAGUCGUAGUUCCUGAAACGUCGGAAAUAAAGAACUCUACAUCUUCACCAAGUGCAAGUGCUGCUGCUCCCCGCGGCGCCGGCGUCGCGAUGAAAAAUAAAGGUCUUGCCGAGGAGAGUACUACUAGCGAGGAGGCCAUUGCAACGCUCCCCCCUGCGCUGAAGGGCUACCGCUCCAAUUUUUCCGCGACGAAGCGGUCCGUUUUCCUCUAGCAAAAUGAAAAAUCCACCCCCCUCCCCAUAUUACAACUGCGGGAAUCUCCUGUGAUGCGGGAUUUGUGUACACAAAUCACAUCUGUCUUGCAAAAAAGCACUGCACGCAGAUCGCAAGCCUAACGGGGGGCCUUUUGGUGUAGGGGCCUAGCAUGGCAGAACUCUGCCCUCUAGGCCUUGCAGCAUUACAAACCGCCUGCAUAUCGCGGCGGACUCUCUGGCUUUGCCUUCUGGCAAGACAGACAGGAUGCGUGGUCACGAAUCUGCAUAACAAAUUUUCGGAAGGGCGUGCUCUUUUCAAUAUGGGGAGGGGGGAUCUUUCCUUGCAAUAUCCUGCGUGUUUUUCUCACCGAUUUGAUGAACAGCAGGGAGCUGUGGACGGAAUUGGCCAAGAUGGAGAAGGAGGUGGACGAAUUGCAGCCGCGCCUGCGGAUUGGGGACAGCGUGCUGGAAAAGUCUAUCUUGCAGAAGAAUCAACUGAAGGAAAUUAAGCUGCUCCUCUCCAUUAUGGAUGUGUCAGGAUGAUCGAAAUCGACAAAAUCGAACUUGUAAUGCAUAAAAUGUAGGGCGCGCAAGGUCUGUGUUGGGGCGCAGGCAAAUGAGACAGAUUCCAAGCCUGUUUCGGGGAAGACGAUGUGCUGCCAGAGUAGCAUGACAGGAGCAGUCCUCUUUGCCCAAACAGCAUGACAAAGUGGAUUUUGGUGCUCCCGAAAUUUGUCAUGCGCUACUUGGAAACUGAGGCUCCAACUGGUAUCGAUUUUAUGCAUUACAAAUCAUUUCGAUUUUGUUGAUUUCGAUCCUGACACUUCCAUAUCCGUCUUCACGAAGGGGAAUCUUUUCAGGCAGCUCAAGUACGCCGGCAAAGGCAUGCUUGGUUUGGUGGAAAAGAAACUGAUGGAGACCAUAGCUUCCGCGGAGGCAAGUGCAGCAAGUGGGAGUCGUGCAUCAACCGGAGUAGAUGUUGAACAUGGUGGAGGAAGCAAGGACCACGACAACGCAAUAAAUCCAGGGCUCCCGAGCAGUCGGAAAAUCCUGUUUGACGCGGGGUUUAUCCACAGUGGUUUCGACUUCUACCAAAGUUCGAUAAAAACAGCUGGUGGUGGAGCAGCAGUAGAGAUGUUGUCGAAGAACAAGAACAGUAUCAAAAAAGAUUCGACAUCAUCGACAAAAGAACAAUUCUCGAAACUGAAGGAGAAACUGCUUCCCCAGCUCCUGCCCGCCUUCUCCCAGUCCUCUUUGCCCCUGAUUUUCGCACACGGACUGAUCUACGAGGGGUUUUACACCAAAAACACUAAUUAUGGAAGCGUCAGAGUCAAAAUCGACAAAGUUGAAAUAAGUAAUUUGUGAUGCAUAAAACGGAUACCAGUUGGCGCCCAGUUUUCAAAUGGAGCAUGACAAAUUCGGGUACUUAGAACCUAAAUCCAGUCUGUCAUGCUGUUUGGCUAAGGAAGACGCCUUUUGUCAUGCUACUUCAGCAGCGUUAUUCCUACCCCUCCACAGGCUAUACAAUCUGCCUCACUUGCCUACUCUGCAAGACAGGCACUUUGUGGCUUGCAUUUUAUGCAUUACAACUUUGUUGAUUUCGAUCCUGACACUUCCAUACCAACGUGGAAGCGAAAAUGGAGUCGAGGCAGUUGCAGGAUUCCGACCGCUAUCCAGUGCAAAAGUAUCGCACUCGUAGUAAUUGCAUUUAUGCAUGACAAAUCUCUUUCUUAGGCUGAAUCCGCAUGGCAAAUUCCCUUUGUCAUGCUGAGCUAAUUUGUAUUGCAAUACUACGAGUACGAUACUUUUGCAAUUCAUAACCGCAAGAAAUCGAAGCAGCACACGCUGUCGGCGAAAACCGUCCUACAGUCCGUGCCGACCCGGGUAUCCUGUGCAAAAGUUAUCAACUUGUAUUGCAAUCAUGCAUUACAAAAAUUUGUUAAGGUAAUUCUGCAUUACAAAUUUUAUUUCUCAUGCUGAGGAAAUAAUUUGUAAUGCAUUUAUACGAGUGCGAUGCUUUUGCAUUUCAUGCCGGGCCCUGAGCACCUACUCGCUGGUGGCCAGGCAAGCGGAAAAGACGCACUUCUACCACCCCUUGGUCUACUCGAACUUGGAUGGGUAUGGAUGGCAAAUAUGGCUGGGUCUGGAAACUUGUAAUGCUAAAAGUGAAUGAUAGACGCACUGCAAUUCGCAGCUACGCAUGGCAAAUUUUCUGGCGUCCAUGUCUUACGUAUUCCGCAUGGCAAACUGCGCUUUUGUAUGACAGGUAAGAGGGCCGCUUCGUGCCUAUGCAACACAGAUUCUCGAGUCAUGCCAGACAAGCAUGACAAACUUGCAUUUUUCCAGACCCAGACACUUUUGUAUUUGAUAAUGGGCUGAGUUUCACGAAAAUCGAGCCGAAAUUGCACCUGAGCGGGGGCAUUGUGCCGUUAAUCCAGGAAGAGAAAAAGCACGGAAUUACUAUGGCGUGCUCAGGUCUGUUACUUACGAACAAUCUCAAACGUUACGAACAAGAGAGGCGUGAAUUUGUGUUGCAAAAUGCCACUGCGCAACAUCUGGCGUAACUACUCCAACAGGAUUGCGCAUGACAAGUUCCGGAACUACAUAAGACCCCACUCAAAUCCCGCGAAACUUGUGUUGCGUAAGCCGCGAGGCUCGGUAUUUUUCUCAUGCGGAUCAUGCGCGACACUAUUGUAUAUGUUUGAGAUUGUAGUGCCUGAGCGGGUCAUAGUUACCAGCUUUGUGGAAAUCUUCAACGCGACCGAGUACUCCGCGGACUUGUGGAACGAAAAUUGGGAAGUACAACUUCUCGAUUGGGAUACGCAAUACAAAUUUCCCGUACAUGUACAACAUGCAAGACAAAGUUCGCCAAUUUGAAGUUGUGGAACACUUGCCAUGCCAAAGAACUAGUAUGGAAGCCGAGUUUUCGUUUUGUCAUGCAGGGACCGCAUCAGUACGGCGCGUACGGGAAAUUAUUUACUGUGGAUAAGGGAAGAUGAAGGACGACAAGAAGUGGAUCACUCUGAGUCCUCUUCCUCUUGGUGGACGACCCUCACGAGUAGCACCAAGAACACUUCUCCCAGCACGGCGUCCUCGAAAGUAGAAACGAUGAGGCAAAACACCACCAAAAACCAAGAUUUGGUGUUUGUUGUCGGGAAAAACACGGAGAACUGGGCUCGGUUUCUGCGCAAAUUAGAGUCGAACAACAGAGCCGCGGCCGCCGAAGGACACGACGAACAGGCCGAGAUGCUGACGAGCGGCGCCAGCAGCACUCCAACCCGCGGCGCAGUGUCCGUGAUCCAUUUCCCGAAUGUAACGGAGUUCUUCGCGAAACACAUUGAUACGCGACCACAAGGUGAAGGUGCUGGCGAGGAUUCGCUGAAAUCCGAUGCUCAACAUGACGAAGCCGAAGAGCGGGUUUCUACAAAAACCAUCCUGGAGGAAACUGGUAGGUUUGUCGUGUGCAACGGUGUGGUAACGUCUUUGGGAAACCACGACAUCGUGAUAGCAUCUUCCAGCGAUAGCAAUUACGACACCACAUCAGCAACUGCGACGUCUGGGUCUCGAUCUUCAGCUUCCUCGAAUGAAAAUACGAAAAACUACGGAAAAAAACCCCACGAAAACAUUGGCACGGUGUUUCCCUUCCCCUGUACGCCCCAGAUUAUGGAGGUGUUGGGAAAAAGACCAGACUAUCAAAUGUAAAAAUGUCUGGGUCUGGAAGAUUGCAACUUCCUUGUCAUGCUAAAUCUGAAGCAUGCAAAAAUCCAAAAGUCGUCCAGUUUUGACCAAGUCGGGAGGGACUUUCUCAUGCAGGAUAGGCUUGAGAGAGAUCGCACAGAAUCUGUCAUGCUAGGUCCUGCAUUCCAGACCCCAUGGGUCAUGGAAAAGCAGCAUGACAAGUCGUGCAUUCUUCCAGACCCAGACAUUUUUGCCUUUGAUACAGACUGGGAAGAGGCGAUAGCGCGGGACACGAAGCGAACGCUGAAGAUUUUUUCCUCGAAGGAUGAAAAUGCGGCUGGAAAAAAUGAUGUCCAGCCCGGGGUCCUCGCGAUCCUGGAGCCGCUAGCGCCGUCCACCCCCAUUGUCGCGCGGACCUUGCUAUGCUGUGCAAAGGUAUCGUACUCGUAGUAAUCGCAAACAUGCAUUACAAAUCUUGUUCUCAAGCUAAAUUCGCAUUACAAAUUUUAUUUCUCAUGCUGGGGAAAUUUGUAAUACAUUUAUACGAAUCAUGCGACACUUUUGCACAGGAUAUUUACAGUUUCUGCACGAAGACAAGAACAUCGGGAAUUUUGACUUGAUGAUCCACCUUAUCAUAGAACCAAAAAGUGUUAGCGUUAAUAACGGGUCGUUUUGGCAUGCAGUAAGUGCGCGUGGGAAAUUUUGAUGUUGCUCAAAUUUGUCUAGCCUAGGAUGCAUGAUAUUGAUACACAGAGAAGAUCUGUCAUGCAUGAUUGCAACUGGUGUGCGUCACCGCCGUUAAUCAAUAUAGCGCUUUUUGAACCGAUCCACCUAGCGACUCCGAUUGUGGAAUCUACUGCGGAACUGCUCGAAGCGCCGAAACACAACGCGAUCGGUAUGGGGUUUUCAAACGUUACAUUCUCAGCUGUUACAUGAAUUUGCCAUGCAAAAUUGCCCACCCCCCGGGGAGGGGAUCCUUGACCUGUGGCGCUGGGAGCGGGUGUCCACUACAUGAUGACGAUGAUGAUGAAGCUGCUUCGCGUGACAAGUUCUCGACGCGCUAGAUAGCAUUUUAAUCUGCUCCAAAUCUGUAAUGCAAAAGGCGCAACCUUUUCAUUUUCCUUUCACUUUUGCCAUUCUACUUGCAUUACAUAUUCAUGUAACAGUUGAGAGUGUAACGCUUGAGAGCGCUAUAAUCUGGCGGGAUCUGCGACACUGGACGAAACUUUCCAUCUACGGGAACGAGGUUGCGCCGGGAGAAACGUAUCCACAGAAAAAAACCAAUCCCCAUCCAGUUCUUGCAUGACAGACACAGAGUUUUAUGUUUACGGGAUAAAUAUUUCGAGUGAAAGCAUCGUCAGCAAGAUCGGUCUCGUUCAUAUUCAUCGUUCAUACAUUCAUUUACAGCCCCGGCUGGGAUUUCUGGAUAUUUUUUCAGUUUUCUGGAUUUAUAUCAGACAUUGGUAUACCAUUAGGUCAACCUUCACUCCUUUUUCUGACACCAGGACUUCGGUUCUCGUGGACGAAUUAGGGGAGGAGGGGUGUUUUCUGGAGGGGACACCGCCCUCUCGGAUUUCUGAUCGACGAUGGUCGUCAGAUUGACGAGAAGGAUACCUUUGUCACAGUCACGCCCUGGAUAGUAAAUCGCGCAAGCGAGCCCCUCGCUACAACCAUGUUGUGGCGUUACUAGUAGGCAGCAGGCAGUUCAUCUUGGAAAGCUUAGACCAAGCUGGCAAUCGUACCACUGUAGGCAGUUCACGGCAGAACUAGCCCUUGUCGCUUCGUUGUUCGACACCAGGCAAGCAGAAUGCUCGCAAAUAGACAUAGUAUGCAAGCAGAGAGUUCAAAGCUGAGACACAGAGCAGAGAUACCACGACGCAUGAGAGAAAACAUUAGUGAGCUUGGAUUUUUCUUCUACCAUCUCAUAACCAGAAACAGUUUAGCACAGAAUGCCCCGCCACGUCGGGUAUGCGCCGGGCCUCGAAGGCUCGGUGCUGUCACCAGUAGUAGAUAUCCGAAAGACAAAAGCAGAAUUAUGGCAGCAGUCAGACAAAUCGAUGGGUCUGAUAAAUUUCCCGGUCCCAAGAAUAAACACGGACUACUUGUGGCAGGGGAGAGCGGUAGGAGACGGCAGACCACUGCCGGACUUCCUGCACAGGACACCACGGGCAGCAUACCUCCCGCCAGUGAAGUACGAAAACAGCAACCCACUGAAAGCGCAGGUGUAUGCAGUGCGCGCCAAGUGGAUACCAGAGCCCAAGGACGAAAAGAUAUGGGCGAAGCUAGGAACAGCGGAGAUUUUUGGUAUAGAUUAGUCCCCUUUUUAGCGGAUACAUUCAUAAAGCUGCAUGAUGCGAGCACAUGACACAUGCGAGCAUAUUAUUCCCGGCCAACGACUCAUCAGGUCUGCCAGAGGCUUUCUUCGAAGUGGAAGUGAUCCUGCGCACGCAGUACAGCGCGAGAUACGGUUUAGCGGAGCAGAUGUUCGUGCUACCCAAGAUGGUCUGCCCAGUGGGAAUCCUGUGGAUGCAAAAGUUGACUUUCACCCGAGAACGAGACAGACUGAAAGCCUACGAGGCAAAGUUCCAAACGGAGCGGAACUACACAAGAUACAAACUUUUCAUGCACAGUGACCGCUUGUGCAAAGAGUUAGAAGAGGAUAUAGAAUCUCUGUACAACAUAGAGCUAGAAACAUCCAUCUGCGAUCAAAGAGCAAUCACCUGGGCGGAUUUGUAUGCCUUCUCCGGCUCGCAACGAGCACGACAGAUCUUCAACAGGCACUUCGUAGAGCAGCACCAGAUGCACGAAGCGUGCAUAAGAAGUUUCAACUACGACAUCAGCCCACCCCCGCCGUGCACUUUCUAUUGUCAUGGCAGAUCAAAUUUAGCUUUCAGAACACGGGUGAGAAUCUCCGAAUUACACACCAGGAUCAAAAAGGAAAAAAUCGAAAAACCGGACGGACAGCUAGCGGAUGAGUAUAGCAUUGAUGCGGAUGUUGAGUCAGAUACAGACUAAAUGCAAUUUCCCAAAAACAGUCAGCGAUUGAUUCCUCCUAGCACAGAAGCGGCGUCCACGUAGAUACUCAAAUCUAACGAAGAAACUAGUCUUAGCAUAAGAAAGAACAGCAAGUUUAGCAGCAACUAGCAGUAAGUUUUUGUUUAUUAACAUUUCAGCCGUUAUCGAGUUUCACUUUGACAAAAGCAAGAUUGGAAAAUGAGUGGCAUCAGCCACGACGUUUCUAUCAAGAAUUGCGAAGCGAUGCGUGUCGGGAAAUGUGACAACUUAGCUGAUUUAGUGGGGAAGCAGGGGGCUAGCAUCCUGAGCCUGCUUGAGGACCUGGUCAAAAAUGGUGGCAAAGAUGAUUUAGGAUCUAAUGCAGCCGGGAUCUUCAUGAAUGAUCUUACUUCUAAGCACAACUCCCACUUAGGCACCGACGGAACUCGUGUUCCGAUUCUGUCCGAAGGACAGAGCCAGAAACUGCUGCAUGUGUACAGAUCCUUGGCGCAGUUCGCUAUCACCACAGUGAUCCCGGCGCUCAGCGCCAAGGUCGCGGCUUAUAGUGAGUUGAUUGAUGAGUUGUGGGUGGACUUAAACCCCGCCAUGGUGCAAACUGUUUUCCCGAACUGGAUGACUUUUUGUGCCGAGUGUGCAGCGAAGAUUUAUUUUUUGCGAGGAAAGCUUGCUCUACCAGAAUUGCAAAUGUCCCAGGAACUUAAGCACUUCAAGUAUGUGUGCACCAAGCGUAGGACCGAUGGCAUUACUACCUCCGGGUUCGUCCCGGUCAUGGGAGGACAGGCCACUGGAACCACGACUACGGAAUUAGCAUCCCAAUUGACUACCCAUCUCUCCAAAGAACCGUACUUCGUGGCGUACGAAGACGAAGAAUUAGAAGAAUUAGGAGAAAAGGUUUUGAACCUAGCGAAGAUGUAUUCCAAGACGAUGGACGAAGAUAUGAAAAAGAAGUAUGAAAAAGCAGGGCGGUACGCAUUCGGACUGCCCGGUGCGCAAUCGUCCAGCUCAGGCGGAUCCUCUUCUUCUUCUAGCAAGGGAGGAAAGUAAUUUUUCAUACAAUUCAGCUUAGGUACAUGUGUGAGAGUGGACGCCGCAUGUAUGUGUUAAAAAUAGCGAUUAGCAGCUAAACACAGCCUAUAAAAUACCCCGUUUCUUUUAUUUUUUGUUGAAGCAUCGCCAUCCAGUAAGAUUCUACAAUGGGAAGCUGCAGCUCCAGAGCGGACGAGCAGCCUACAGCUCGAGGGAGUGCAGUCUCCAGCGAUGAUGAAAGCGAUAUCAUCGACACAACAUCCGAUAGCACGAACCGCGAGCAAGACACGAUAGAGCGAUACGGUUUCGGUCUGAUCCGGAAAAAACCAGAAAAGUAUAGAAUCAUACAUGAUUUUCACAGUUCCUGAUGCUUUUCUGUGGGCAGAUGCUUUCAGUAAUGCAUACCUGUCUUCCAUCAAAUACACUUCGACACACCAUACAGGUUUGAUAUCAUGUCGGCGCUCGGAAAGCCUGCUGAGCACGUACUGACAAAAACCGAAAGAGCAAAUGCUUUAUCGACGAUGAUAGCACAUGCGAUACUAUCUCAAUGCUGCCGGGCCAGCGGAACAGUCGAAAGAGCCUUCUUCGGAAAAAUGAUACAAGACACAAUAGAGGUACAGUUCAUAUUAGCUUCCAUGUCUGGCAUGAGUGCCAAAAUUUACAUCACACUCAUGAUGGACACCAGCAUGCGAUGCAAAGAAAUUGCACACCACCAAAAUACAUUUCCCAGGUCCGUACCCUGAAGGAUAUCCAGAACAUACACCCGCUGAUUCAAAAUUUCUUGCGGACAACUACCUCCCCAGUGGCGGUGCAUGAAAUCCCGAGGCCAGGAUUGCGUUAUUACGAGUCGGGAAAUGUUUUCUGGUCUACGACAGAAAAAGAAUUCUUGACAUACGUAGUGAAUGGAUCCAUGAAAAAAGGGUGCAAAUACAAAUUGACAGCACCGGCAGAAGAAAUUUUAGAUGGAAAGUGAAUACUCGAUUCCAAAAACGCAGCUGAUUUGAAACAAGAAAAACUUUUAAUGUAGAUGUACAUGUUGCUACGGACCAAAAAUCAAAGCCCUCACCACCGGCUACGUAAGCCUGCCAGCUUGUUUCAUUCAAGCUUGAUGUUGAAUUCUCUACGGCACAGCGUCUAGACAUGGUAGACCGUUUUCUCUUGGUUUUGGAAGUUGCAAGAUGACAGUUCGUUCGUAGAAGGUGCGGCACCACACAAGGCAGACAUAACAGCACAUGCAAUCGUAUACAGAGCUAUCAGUGUCAGUGUGUAAGAUCCGGAAAUCACAGUUUGAGUUGCGUUUUCGUGCGUGCCCGGAACUCCCAUGUGACCCUUUCCAUGAAAAAAGCCUUAGCGGCAGUUACCUACGUGUAGUUGUUUUGAGUUUAGUAAGUGAAGGAUGACAGCUUCGUCGUCUUCUCAGGGCCCGGACCAAAAACCGGGAAGCGGCGCUCCGGACGCACCGCCAAGCGGUCCACCGGCCGGAGCAUCGUCGUCCAAGAAGAACAUUGCACAGGAUAAAGAAAAAUCGAAGAUGUCGGGAGACAAAAACCAGCAGCAACAAAAGCUAGCUGGGGGAGCAGAUCAGCAGCUUACGCCGGCGGAUGACACCUCAGCAACCGAGGCAAACAAAGACUUCCAGAUUGGUACGAUUCGCAUCACAGACGCAGUCUCGCAGUGCGAGCCUCCAAAGCAGUUCACCUCAAUGGAGAACGCGACCAUCUUCAAUGAGAAAGCAGGACAAGCCUGGGAAGCUUUUCUCAGCGACCCAGCCCAGUACGCAGAUGGGAUCUCCAUACUACCGAACAAUAAGUCGGUGCAGCGCCUGAUAGUAGAAAAACUAGCCAACAUCAAUGAGGGAGAUGAGCUGGACUUGCAGAACCUGCAGGCGAUGGCGGAUAUAAUCUGCACAGCACUGGUCAAGACGUCGCUGUAUGCGCACGACAACGGACCAAUGAUGAUCCAAGCCAUGGCGGAAGGUGCAUGUAAAGCGAACGGAAUCGACUACGCCUCACCGUCAAAAGCCUUCGGCGCAAUAGUAGGUGACGCGGGAGUGAAGCUAGCAGCCUACAUCAGGAAAAUCUUCUCGCUCUUUGUGAACAAAGUGUGCGACGGCAAAAUCUCACAACUCCCGAAGCACGUAAACGGCGUUUUUGUGCACGUCAAUACCAGAUCAACGAUGGGACUCAUUCAGCAGAUGAUUUGGUAUUUUUAGCAUACAGCCUAUUUUUGUUAGCAAAGCAGCUAAUGACAGCACAUUUAUCGAAGCCGACACGCAUUAAUAUUCCCCCCUUCUCUUCAAAUAUCAGGACAAUGAGAGCGCAGAUUCUGGUCACAGCGCCAGAAAGCGCAGCGAGGGACAAGGACAUUUACGGAAGGGACCGCUUCACCGAGCUACUGCCGGACGCCAUACAAGAAAUCCUCAACCUGGGGCACACCAAAAUCGCAGGGCUGGAUUUGUCGUCGGAGGGCGGCAAAAAGCGGCUCGGGUGGAACGUCCAUGACUUUCACGACCUAACCAGCAAAGCGAACGGCCUUGCACCGAGCUGGCCAUGGGCAGGGAUCGCGUACACGACUUUCUCCGACUUCGCAGCAGCAUGGAGCAAGAAAUUUGUACCACCACAGCAGCCCGAAGUAGACUUGUCGAAGUCCAUAUCAGCCCCGAAGAAAUCAGCAUUACAGCUAGACUUCUCCGGUAGCAUCAGGAGAAAGUUCCAGCUAGCACAGCCAGAUAGCACCGACCAGUCUUUGCAGGGCCAGGUAAAGCAAGAAACAGCAAGCUGGGCGAGCAAGUUACAGCCAAACAGCAAAAAAGCACAGCAGCAAUACAUCCCACAAAGCAAUCCAGCACACCCUCUCAACCCAACGAACGCAGGAAGCUUACAGUCUUUCCUAGGUUUCGGAGCAGCAGCCUCGUCAUCAUCGAAUACAGCAGCAGCUUCCUCGGCAGCAGGAGCAGCACAAGUUAGCUCCUCCAGUGCACACAAAAACUUCUUCAGUCAGUUUAGCAGCAAAAGCAAGAAAAAUGGCGUAGCUGUCGGCAACGAUAGCAGUAGCGAUAGCAGCGACAGUGACGACAGCAACAAAGCAACAUACCCGAGCAACAUGGUGUUGGGGAAAAAGCAGAAAAAGCAGCACGCAUACCCAAGGCAAGCACAGAACCAAAACACCAUGGUGUCAGCUCUUGAUUUACUUUUCGCCAAAACAGAAGAGGACGCCAAAAAAGCAGUAGUCACAGAGCAGCAAAUGGAAGUCGCAUACCACUACAUAAUGGAAGGAGACCCGACCGCUUACGAUGUCCCUUUCGACGAGCAAAAUGCGAUCCCGCACAACGUCAGGAAGUACACGGCUCUAGACCCAAAAGGAGACCUGAACCCGAUUGACUUUGUGCAAGCAAAACACGAAGUCGAAGUCACGCUAGUAAAAGGCUUAGCAGCGAUGGAAGAAGGCGAACUAGAAGACCGUGCUUUUCCUUUCUCUUCUGUUUUUCUGAUGAUGAGUUAUGCACAUUGUCAUGAAAACAAUGAUACAGACCCUUUGAUAUCAUUCUUCAAAAAAUUUCUUAUCAGUCCGCCCCCAGAACGACAGACACUUUGCGUGCACGACGAAAGCUGUGCUGUUGCCUUUCAAAACAGUAGUUGAAGCCGGAAGAGAAAAAGCCAAGGAUUUUGUCUUCGACGUGACGAUAAUUGGACAGCAGGGUAGAUUGCGAAAAGAGAGAUGGCGCGACAUGCUGAAGGAUCACCCGAACGGAUGUAAGCUAGAGCCGAGCAAAGCCAAUUUCAAUUGGCCAAAAUCCUUCGUGGACAAGGACAGAGUAAUGAAGACGCUGCUGCAGAUCACAAGAGGGGCAGCGGCUGACGAUUCCCACCUGUGCAAUAGAAUCGGGGUAAAAUCGCCGCAAGAGCUGACAGAGCUGAGGAGGAUGUUAGAAAAGGUAACCCCCUUUGUUAAGUCAAGAAUACAUUGAGCAAUAGCCAAGUGCACACAGCACGAGCAUGACAGACAUACAGCACUGCACCACAAACCUGCAGCAUACAUUAUUUCCUCUCUCCCUCCCAGGUCAAGGACGACUGGGCGCCGAACAGGAGUGACGGCGACAGGAGCCCGCAGAUCUCAAGCAGAGCCAACGCGUUCUUGUUGGUCGAGAAGUUUAGUUACGCGGCCAUCUUAGCUGCAGCGCCACUGCUGAAGGGGGUGUGGACAGACAGUGCAGAAAGCAAGUACGGUUUAGUAGCGUCGAACAUCAGAGAAGACGCAAUCUGGAAAAAGUUUUGUGCCGAAAAGUUAUCGCAAGCGAAGGGAGUUUUAGUAGUAAUCGACAAGCUACACACCGACGAAAAGUUCAACAAAAACGACUUCAAGCCAAAAGACUACACAAACGCCUUGAAAAAGUGGUACAUGGACGUGAAUGAAGAGGAUCAAGAAGACAGGGACUUCAUGGAGAAGAUCAAGAACGCCAAAGGGAAAAACAGGAAGGGAAAGAACAAUAAUAACAACAACAACAACAAGGGAGGAGGCGGCAGAGACAACAAAGGAGGUAUCAGCUUAGAACAUUUUAGCUUCUUGCAUCAUGCAUGCAUGCAAUAUAGGUAGCUUUGUUGUUGCCUCGAGAAAUGCAGCACCAGUGAGUCACUAUAUCUUCCUUUCUGUUACACUCCAGGAGGCAAAGGCCGAGGAACAGGAAAAGGAGGAGGAGCAGGCACAGGCAAGGGCAGUGAUGAGAACAAGGGUUUCUUCUUGUUCUUGGAUCACACGCGGAAUAGUAUUUGCGAAGUCAUCGACAAAGACCCGGCCAAGUUCAACUUCCAGAAUUGCUGCAUCCCGGCGCUGGCCGAAAAAUACGGCAUCACAAAUGCGCAAGGAGAACUAAUUUCUUGCAAACAUAAGGAUGGUAGUGAGUGUAGGAAAGACAAGUGGCACUCGCAAGCAGCCAAAGUCUACAAAGAAAAUCCCACUGUGAAAGCAGUCCCCAAGCCAACCAAGAAGGCAAAGAAGGGCGCCCCUUCAAGUUCGACAGCUACCACUACCAGCAAUGACACCGAGGCAGCCACAGCUGAAGCUGGAGCGGCUGCUACGGCAUAAUCGUUUCGAUCACAAACAUUGAAUUCUUCAUGAGAGUAUCAGUCUCGCUCGUUUUUCAUGUCUGUCAAACACAAAUUUACUGCUGUACAAGAUGAAUGACGGAACCACUCAUACCUGAUUCAUAGCACCAUUGAUGACAAGGUUGCCGAGGCAAGGCUGCCUACUUUGUCCUCACAAAUACAGUUCGUGUUAUCGAUUCUGUAACACAAAGAGUUGUGAGAGUGAUUUUAGAUGAUAUGACAAGGAACAAGAGGACCAGUAUUCAGACCUGCAUACUAGCCAACGCGCCAUUUUUUCCUCUCCUCAAACCCACAUAGCAAGCGGACAAUGACCAUGGAAAAAUGAUGACUCUCUCCUUAAUCUUCGCUGCGGCAGCAGCAAUACAACCUCGUGCAGUAAGCCUCCGAACCCCCAAAAAAGCCACCGACAGGAUGCCGGUAGUCACACCAGACUGGAAGAUGUCGGUAGACCACCUGAGGUCAACGCACGACUUGACUACGACCCGCUCACAAGAUUCCAGCGGGAAGCAGAAAGACUAGACAAAUUAGUCGAGGACUUGUUAAAAGUGGAGCGCGACAACGCUACGACGAUAGCGGAGUACGAAAAAGAAAAGCCGGAUCAUAUCAAGAAGAUCAAUGACUACUUCGAAGGAUGGGACACGAUUUACAAUACAAAGUAUUAGUUAUGUUUGAUCCUUUUUGGAGUGAUGCACCUUUGUUUCUUGAGUAUCGAUCGUUGCAUGCCAUCGACAUCAUUCAUUUUUAUACACCGCAGGAGGAUGAACACCUUCAUGCACUUUCACGCAGCGGAGCAGUGCAAUUAUUUGGACCCGGACCGCAGGGCGCUGCUUUACGGGAAAAAAGGAUAUGUUAGUUGUGGUUUAGAAAGUCAGGGGCAGCUGCCCAAAUAUGGAGCCUGGCCCAAUGGCAAAGAAAUGACAAAGUCAGAGCUUAGCAAUCUAUCAAACUUCGACAUAAACGAUCCAGCACGAAAAUUAAGCCUCGAUAAGUUUGCCCAAAUCAGAGAUGGCCCGUGGCACUUCGAAACGGAGGACGUCACAGAAAGGUCGGACAAAAGCUACAGCAAACUCAUGGACGCAGGACUAGCGUCUAUGCUCUGUGAGUCCUGUGCCAAAUGGGAAAUAGAGCAGGGUACAUGGUUCGCGGCCAUUUUCGGCCUGGGCCAGAAAAAGUGCCACGAAACAGGACAGCGCAGUAAAGUGCGCCCGAUUAGCAAUGAGAAAUAUAGGAGUAAAAUCUUAAGCCCACCAGUCGAACAUCUUACGUUCAGCGGCCUGCCCGAAAUUUUGCAAGGCAUUGUGUAUUGCUGCAACCCAGAGUACGAAGACUCAUACUUCGAAAAUAAGAAAGGCGUACUUAGAAGCAUACAAGUAGCAAGAGACAAAGCAAAAAAGUGGUGCAGAGGCAAUCUCAAAAAGAUGACCUGGCGCGACAUCCGCACGCUGCCACGAAAGAAAAAAGAAUACAAAGGCAAAUCCUUUUUACCCUGUCUUAGCAAAGACGACCUUGCUAGUGCCUAUUGGCAAUAUGGAGCUAAAGAUCCAAAACAAAAUGGAUUUCAAAUAUACUGCCCCGAAAAACAGCGUAUGGAAUUCGGAUUCUUACGCUGUUUGAAUUUCGGCAAUAUUCAUUCCAUAUAUGGCUUCUGCGCCUGUUGCAGCCAAUGGAUGGAAAAAUGGUUCAACCAAAUAGGGAAAGUGCCAGUAUUCCAGUACGUAGAUGAUUUAAUCUACUUUUCAGAUCAGGACGGAAUUUUAGCACCGCUAUACGAACGCUUCAUAAGGCGCGUGCUAGCAAUAUGGGGCAUCGCCUUAGCACCAGAGAAGCACGAGCAAAUGCUCCCAAGCCAAGACAUAGGGGAGAUUUUAGGAAUAGGAUGCAGAAGACUAACAGACUCAAUUGAGUUCUUCUUACCAGAAGCAAAAGUUAAGCGGAUCGCGGCAGACUUAGAUAGGGUAGCAAAUUUGAUCAGAGAUCCAGACCAGCGGACAUUAGAGUCGACGCACAAAGAGUUGGAAAAGGUCCAAGGGUUACUCUGUCACGCGAUGUACAGUAGGAAACUUAGAAGAAAUUUACCAGUAUUAAAGCACAUUUUUGCACUCACAUCGCAGCCCAAAAAUUUUGCCCAAAAUAUUAGCAGCAAAAGCAGACGCGAGCAGUUACUGAUAGUCUUGAAAAAGUGCAAAGAGAUCAUAGAGAGAAGAGACAAGACGGUCAUAGCCCGAGACAAAAUGUGUAGGGACAGAGUGCACAUGUUUACAGACGCAGCCGCAUCACAAAGCGACGGGAAAAUUAGUUUCGGCGCGAUAAGUUUCUUAGAAGAUGAGGCCAACAGUAUAGGUUUCUUCCUGCAUACUAGUCAAGAUGAAAUCCCGUCCUUUUUCAAAAGGUCAGCUAUAAUGUGCUACGAGGCGGUCGCAGUGGCAUUAGGACAGCGGCUGCUGACGAGAUUUAGCGAAUCGUCGAGCUACAUAGUCAAUGUGGACAACUCUUCGUGCACUUACGGUAUAGUGAAUGCAUCAGUUGAUUGUCCGAAAACAGCGUCCGUGAUUAGCAUCUUAAGCGACAGAGCAUAUUUGCAGCAAAUUGAGUACUUUUAUAGUUAUGUCUCAACGCAUUUGAGCAGUGCGGAUGCGACAACAAGAAUAGAAAUGAUGGAUUCAUUAAGCCGCUCACACGGCACAAAAUUCCCACUUUCGCGAAGCGAAAUCAUGCAGGAGUUAGAAUUGCUGGCAAAAGAAUGCGAAGAGUUACAUGACGAACUGAUGCUGGGGGAUAUUAGGAAAGAGUAGAUGUUUCACAUAUUUGUUUCAAAAUGCACAGGCCGACCAGAAAAAGAAGGCCAAGCUGAAAGAGCCGAAGAAGUCGUGUGAUUUCGCACGAUGCGCAGGCAAAGUUUGUCACCAUUUUAAUGGGAUCAAGACACAGUUGGAGCGCUGGUCUACCCUGCUCGCCCAAAAGAGAGCCCCAAACAUCGUCCCCUAUCACAUCAGCAUACAAUGGCCACUACCACCACAGACAGUCUUACUAUUUUGGCCUGAAGAAGAGCGGGAUUGCCGCAUUGUAGGUAUCUGAGAUGAGUAGAGUUUUUUCCCUUUGCAAAUCAGAGGAGAGCAAGGCUACAUGACAGAGAGUACAUACCUCCCCUGUCUCUUCCGCAUUUAUUUUCUUCUCAGGUGAAGUCGAGACACGAAAUUCAAAGUGGAGAGUUUGGAUGCGCUAUUGUCAGCUGCACCACCCGGAGUUUUUCUUCAUUCCCCACACUUUCACCACACAAGCAGAAGUAGAAGUAAUCAAAAAGCGACACGCCAGUGUCACCUUCAACCACCACCUCAUCCCGUUUGCCACGUGGAUUUGCGAAAAAGAUAUCGGGAACCCGAUCCCGUACAUCUCGACGAUCGCGAUCAGAUUACGAUCGCUGGAGCUUCUGGAGCAGACACAAUCGCACUGCCAGCAAAUACAGCAAGCAACAUACCACAGGCUGAAGAGCCUGGUGAGGGACCUCUCAGUUAAGAGAGCCAUCCCGCCUGACACGAGCAAGCUGAACCUGCUGAACGCAAGAGAAUCUCGGUUAUUCGCCAUGUGGGCGCCCACAGGACUCCGACCAUCAGCCUUUGCGUCAAUAGACCCGCUGCAAGUCAAGGAUGACCCGGAAGCACCGGGGCGCUUCGUCAGAACACUAGUCACAUCCGAAAAAGUGUUCGCCGUGCCAGGCGAGAGCUUCUAUGCCAGAAUUCCACAGAAUUCAUGGUACUAAUAGUUUAGUGAUGAUAGCCUAUGAGCAGUGUAGAGCAUUUGCAUACAUGCUUUGAGUGCAUAUACCCCAUUGCCUCAAUACAUACAAAUAUUACAAGGUAUCCAGCAGAUUUCCCGGUGCACAAAACCGAGAUGGACAUUUUGUGCAGAAAGUUAGGCACAACGCCAUACGGAGUCAGAAGAAGCUUAGCGAUGUGGCUCAGGUUCAGAAGCCUGGAGUGCGGUGCAACACCCGCAGGCGAUGAGAUCGCAAGGAAGAAAUUUGAAGUUUUCAAAAGGAAAGUGACAAACCAUUUUGGAUGGUCAGAGUCAAGUUUGAUGUGGGAGGAAACCUAUUCAGUGGAUUGCUUAAAAUACAUCAACCACAAGUUUUACGUCCACCCAGACAUUCAGUGGUGGUUUACUGUAUGAUCGUUUCACGUUUCAAUCUGAAAAUGCCAAAGAAAGCAAUGAUCUCCCAGCAGGAGGAGAAGAGUGUCUGUAGCAGGCGAAGCCUUUCUCGGGUUCCUUUCGUACCAGUCGCAAGUGUUACGCUUGUAGUUCGCAGCCCAAGCAUGAGAUCUUCCAGCACAACAGAUCAGUACCUGACGGUGUCCCCUCCAUGACCUCCACUGAUCUUUUGUGCUCAGAUCUCUACCUUGUGCUCCUACUGAUCCCCUGGAUCAGACCGGUCGUCCCUCAUGAAUUGUAGAUCAUAUCAGCGACGCCCUGAGAACGUUUGGGGCGCUUUAUCGUGCACACGAUAGCCAAAAUACAGAAGCACUCUUCGCGCCAGUGAAGAGGAGGAAAGCCACAGCUAGCACUACCCCGACCUUGUCGCGGUGUGUGCUCUGACUGCUGGGUCUUUGCUGACGCACUCCCCGGAGUGCGUUACUAGUCCGCGCUUGCGGUCUACCCUCGGGUGGACCUGUGCGCUGACUUUCGUCCAGGCAUGCUGUGACACUCGUGUCGCAGCCCGCUUGGACAGCAUGGAUCUGGUAUUUCUUCACUUCUCGAUGCUGAGAAGCUGCAUCAUACAGAUACAUCAUAUCGAUCCUUGUACUGACGAGUGCUUUUCACCGUGAAUAUUUUUACGGGAUAAAUAUUUCGAGUGAAAGCAUCGUCAGCAAGAUCGGUCUCGUUCAUAUUCAUCGUUCAUACAUUCAUUUACAGCCCCGGCUGGGAUUUCUGGAUAUUUUUUCAGUUUUCCCCGCCCGCCUACACCCUGAUGUAGCGACCAGCUAGCACUACCCCGACCUUGUCGCGGUGUGUGCUCUGCUGGGUCUUUGCUGACGCACUCCCCGGAGUGCGUUACUAGUCCGCGCUUGCGGUCUACCCUAGGGUGGACCUACGCGCUGACUUUCGUCCAGGCAUGCUGUGACACUCGUGUCGCAGCCCGCUUGGACAGCAUGGAUCUGGUAUUUCUUCACUUCUCGAUGCUGAGAAGCUGCAUCAUACAGAUACAUCAUAUCGAUCCUUGUACUGACGAGUGCUUUUCACCGUGAAUAUUUAUGUUUUGCAUGACAAAUUGGAUGCGAGGGGGUGUUGUUUCCUCUGGAUGAAACGACCUUUGAGAACAUCAAGACGAGUGGAAGGCUGUACCUGGAAAUCGUUCCGCCGUCGAGCUUAUCAAGUGCAAAUAGAAGAGUAUCGUACUCGUACUAAUAAUCCCACUGACAUUGUUAGUUCAAGCAUGACAAAUCUGGUUUAUGUCACUUGAAUCCGCAUGACAAAUUCCAACUUACCUGCUCUUGAGGAAAUUUCUCAUGCGAUACAUACCAUGUUACUAGUGCGAUACUUUUGCAAUUCAUAGAGCUCAUGGCAGCUGUUACUCACGGAGAACUCUACCGGGGAUCUGGACAAUAUGAAAGCGUCAGGGUUGAAAUCGACAAAGUUGAAAUAGUUUGUGACGCAGCAGAAAAUGCAACGCAGAGACUGUCUCUAUUGCAGAGGACGCAAGAGAGGCAGACUGUAAGCCUGUUGAGGGGUAGAAGUGCAAGUGGAGCUGCUCAAGUAGCAUGACAAAAGUCGUCGUCCUUACCCAAACAGCAUGACAAACUGGAUUUGCAUUCUACCCAAGUUUGUCAUGCGCAAGUUAGAAACUGGGCUUUAGCUGGCAUCUAUUUUAUGCAUGGCAAAUCAUUUCACCUUUGUCGAUUUCGAUCCUGACACUUCCAUAGACAACCUGCGGGCGAACGAGGUGAAUUCGUUGGAUCAGAGUUUCAAAGCGGAGUACGAAGUCACCGGGAUUCAGUACACGGUAAAUGCGGACGUGUCCACAUUUGACGCCGAGCGCAUUAGCUCCGGAGAAAUUUUCCUACCCAAGCGGAAGGUUACCAUGAAAAACUUCCAGCUGGUGGAGGAGAAGCAGAAACGGGGAUAUGGCGUAGUUCUCAAGCGUUACAUUCUCAACUGUCACACGAACUUGCAAUGCAAGAAUAGCAAAAGUCAACGGGGGGAGGUUCUCGCACCUGUAGCAUUACAAAUUCUGCACGGAAAAUUUAGUUGCUGUCUGGCCUUUCGCAAAUUUGUCAUGCGAAGCAGCCUGAUAGUGUGGAUGAUGAUAGUGCUUUUGCAUGGCAAAUCCGUGUAACAGCUGAGAGUGUAGGGCUUGGGAAGCCCAUAUAGGAUCUAUUUUUGGUAUGGAGGAGGAGCUGAUGUGUCUGCCCAUCGCUGGCGCCAAUGACUCUUCGUCAACGUCUGCCGGCUUGAGGAACAAAAAGUCUGCUGCUGUAGUCGACGGUACAUCAACAUCACAAAUUAGUACUACACCAUCUAGUAGCACAACUAGGCGGAUGGUCCUCCCGCAGCUUCGAUCGGAGACGCACGUAAAAAACCAGCGGGUUCACAUGCGGACCACGAGUGUGAAUGCGAAUAAGGAUAACAGAUAUGUCUUCACAGUCGGGGUGCAGGAGUUUCUUGCAGCUGCUCGAGCGACUCCAAUGGAGCAUCAAGCUGCAACUUCUUCCGCAACUGACUCCGUUGAUGUUCUUCCGCUACAAGUGCACUUCGGCGGCUUUGACGGGCGACAAUCUGCACGGAAAUUGAGUCUCUUCCCGAAGCCCAUUAACCUUCUCACCAGCCCAGCAAUAUCCCACAGAACAAAUAAAAAGCUACAGACAAGUUCAGACUUGUGUUGUAUGCAAAAAUCAUGAACAUGAAGAUGAAUGCGAAUGGACAAAUGAAUCUGUAUCUGUCUACUUGCAUAUAAUCACGCCAAGCCGAACGUGAAAAUGAUGCGCUUUAGCUUUUUUUUUUUCUGUACCAUAGACAAACGUCGCCGGCUCAACGGAGGCGGUUCUGUCUCUCGCAGACGAGAUUCGGAUGGAAAAAGACUUGGCGUUACUAGAACCCUGCCCGAUGACACGCGAGGAGUUCAUGUCAUCUGCUUCUGCAGGAGCUACCAGUGCAGCAACUUCAUCUGCACCUGGAACUAGUACAACUGCAGUUGCUACAGGCGAAUCAAGUACUACCGCUGCUGGUAGUAAAGCCGCUCAGGAGGAGGUGGCACCAGCUGCAGCCAAAACAACAACUUCUACAGCAGCUUCCAGUACAACAGUUAGAGCGUCGAAAAGCAGGAUCAACCAGGGCGAAUAUGAACUGCAAAAGUAUCGUACUCGUAUAAAUGCAUGACAAAUUUCCGCAGCAUGAGAAAUCAAAUUUGUAAUGCGGAUUUACCUUAAGAAAAAAAUUUGUAAUGCAUGACUGCAAUUACUACGAGGAGUGCGAUACUUUUGCACAGGAUAGCGAAAAGACGAUUCACAUCUUUUCUGUCGCAUCCGGGUGGCAGUAUGAGAGGCUCCUUCGCAUCAUGAUGACUUCGGCGAGACAUUCUACGCCCCUGGACUGGCUAUCAAAGUGCACAACAACUCCCCCUCCCCCUCAUUUGUGUUUGUCAUGUCAAAUGCCCAAUCCAAUUGAAUUGCUGCGCUCUGGGACUGUUUGCAUGACAAAUUUCGAAAGCCCACACAGUCCUUCUACACUAGGCACAUGAACUUGUCACGCACAGGCUCCAUGUGUGUUGGUGUAAGUGUUUGUAUUGCUGUUCAUGCAAAAAUAUAUACAAAUCCAAAUGAGGGGGACGGAGGGGGAGUUGUGCACUCGGAUACUGGCGGUUGCAGUUUUACGUGCUGAAGGAUUUCUUGUCGAGCAACUUCGACGAAAAUGAAAUCGAACAGGUUUUGCCCAACACGGGGGUGGAAUUACUUCCCGUGCCCGCCUGGCCUGACUACCUGAAAAAAACCGGAUCGGGGGCGGCUUCUUUUGACGAAACCUGGAUCAGCACGGGGGAUGAAAAAAUCGGUAUUUAUUUAAGUAUUCAACAUCUGUUCCCAGCACCAUAGACAUAGAGUGUGAUAGAAGUACCAUGCUGCGGACUUUGGAUCACGAAGAACAAGAAGGUUUGGCUGCAUGCUUUGCCGCGGCCCCCGCCAAUGCUGCAUCUUCCACAUUUCGAAAAUUCAAAUCCGGGGAGAACUAGAUAGAAUUAGAAACAUAACGUUCGGCGUGAAGAGAAAAAAAUCGUCCAUAAAUUUUUUUUUGCAGGUAUCCGCAAAGACAAGCAGCGGCUCAUAUGAACUGCAAAAGUAUCGUGCUCGUAGUAAUGGCAAUCAUGCAUUACAAGUCUUUUUCUUAGGGUAAAUCAGCAUUACAAAUUUCACUUCUCAUGCUGAGAACAUUUGUGAUGCAUUUAUACGAGUAGGAUCCUUCUGCAAUCCAUAGCUCAUCUGGGCGUACAAAAUUCUUUUUUUGGACCAGCUGUUUUACCAGCGAACCGACCGGAUUGUUCUCGGGUUAAGUGCGCAGCACCGGGAGUGGCCGCUGUUCUCGGGUUAAAUGCCCUGGCCGUGAUUUCCCCUCGAUUCUGCUCUCAGAAUGCCUGCGCAGCAUCGGGCGCGCGACGGGUUUCGUUGGCAGAGUGGGGCCUCUGCGUGCACAGCCAGCCAGGGGGACAGCCCCCUAUGGCCACGGCCUUGCGCCCACCGCUAGCCUACCUAGGGCAGCAGAGUCAGUGCUGGGGCGUGUUCUGCCUCGCCCCGCCCAAGCCGGCAGGCUGGCGGGCGAGCCUGGCGUCCUCCCUUGGUGACCUCGCGGCGCCCUAUUAGCGUCUCUGCCGGCGUGCACCCUCUGCACCUGGCAGGGGCCCUGGCGCUGUCUCCCCUACCUUGCCUCCUUCGGGUGUGUGGUGCAGGUGUGGCUUCGCCUCUUCUGAAGAGGCCAGCCGAACAAAGUCCAUUUUGCCGGCCUUCAGCCCAUGGUGGGUAAUGUUAUCCAUGGCGAGGGGGGACAGGCUAUCGCCAUCCGGCCGAGCCACCCACCAAAAAAAACGCCCCGGAGGGCGGCGCCGGGGUUCUACAGACGCUUGUGGCGCCUGCCGCCUGCUGCUGAAAAAGCCGCGCGCGCGCAAGUUUUGCGCAAGUCCUCAGCACGUUCUCAAAUCGUCUCGCGCUAUCCACCGUUUUGGCUCUAAAAGAACAAGAAAUGUUUGGCUGCAUGCUUUGCCUUUGCCGCGGCCGCCCGUGCUGCAUCUACUUCCUCAUAUUCGAAAAUUAAAAUUCGGGGAGAACUAGAUAGAAACAUAUACGUUCGUCCUGAAAAUAAAAAGAAACUCCUUGCAGCUCGUCGUCCAUAAAUUUUUUUCUGCAGGUAUCCGGAAAGACAAGCAGCGGCUCAUACCCUGUGCAAAAGCAUCGUACUCGUAUUGCAAUCAUGCAUUACAAAUUCUCUUCUUAAGGUCAAUCCGCAUUACAGAUUUUAUUUCUCAUGCUGAGGAAAUUUGUAAUGCAUUUAUACGAAUACGAUACUUUUGCAUUGCAUAGCUCAUCUGGGCGUACAAAAUUCUUUUUUUGGACCAGCUGUUUUACCAGAGAACCGACUAUCACGGGAAAAAGUGUUAAUGUUAACGGAAUUUGUGAUGCAGAAACGCAUCACAAGACGUGUCAGAAAUUGUCAUGCAUAGCAUGCAUAUUGGGCUACAUUUGUGAUGCACGGCUGCAAUCUGUGAAAACCGUUAACGUCUUAACACUUUUUCCUAUGAUACCGACCGAAUCAUUUUCAUCGACGCCGACCAGAUUGUGAAGUCUUCUUUGGUUCCGCUCUGGAAAACGUCGCAGAUCAACACGAUUGACGAGGAGGAGGCGGGGCUCGCGAAGAAUCCGUUGCUGGCUGAAGAGCUGAACGUGCCGCACAUUCUUCGCGGGGAACUGGCGAAGCAAGAAAUGGAACGCGAGCGGAAACUCAAGGAAUACAGCCCCGCUUGGGCCUUUGUGCCCUUCUGCCACGGGAAAUUCAAAAACAACUCAACCCUCGGGCACCGGUUCUGGGAUAGCGGGUACUGGAAAAAUUUGCUGGAGACCAAGAUAAGUGAUAUGUUUGUGGGGAAGAGGACGAAGAAGGACGGCGGGACAGAUGGGGACAAGAAGGACGAAGACGAUGUUGACGCGGAUGAUCCUGACGAAGAUGAAAUAGACCAAGACCAAGACGAUGACACCACCACCGGCCAAGGUGCCGUCGCGAUCGAAAAGAGGCACCAGGGCAAGAAGACUGCAAAAGCUCGACGCGGCAGCGCCACGACAGGGACAUCGGACAACUACAGCCAUGCCGACAGCGUUCUGCCGAAACCCCCGAAACAGAAGCAUUAUCACAUCUCUGCUUUUUAUGGAUGUGUCACAGUUUAAAUCGACAAAGUUGAAAUAACUUGUAAUGCAUAAAAUCGAUACCAGUUGGAAGCCGAAUUUCUAAGCGGUGCAUGAGAAACUUGAGUACAGCCGAAAUCCAGUUUGUCAUGCUGUUUGGGUAAGGAAGACGCCUUUUGUCGUGCUACUUUAGCAGCUCCAUUUCUACACCGAAACAGGCUUGCAAUCUGCCUCCCUUGCCUGCUACUCUGCAAGACAGACACUUUCUGCGUUGCAUUUUAUGCAUGACAAACUUUGACGAUUUGAACCCUGGCUGUUGCAUACUUUGUUCGUGGUAAACAUUCCGAAGUUUAUCCAGAUCGGCGCGCCGGACCUGCUGCGGCACACGUUCAAAGAGCUCGGGCAGGACAGCAACAGUCUCAGCAACCUUGACCAGGACUUGCCGAACUACCUGUACGGUACGGACCAACUGCAAAUCCACAGCUUGCACCGGUCCUGGCUCUUCUGCGAGACGUGGUGUGAUACCGAGCUGAAUUUUGAGGCCGCGAAAACCGUGGACCUGUGCCAAAAUCCGUUGACCAAAGAGCACAAACUGGACCAGGCGAAAAGGAUCGGGGGGGUCCAGUGGAUGCGGUACGAUCGCUUGUGGGGGAAGAAUGAUCUUCGAGUGGAAGGCGGCAAUGCAAAUGAAAAACCGAAUAAAAAUAAAAUCACCCGGAGGACUUUUAUGGACUACAUCGUGUCGGGGCGAGGGGACGAAGCAGAGUUGGAAAUGGAGAUGAAUGGUGCUGGGAGAGAGGAGUUGUAG